AUGGUAGGUGAGCCCAGCCAUAAGCUGUCGUAUAUGCUCACUGGCUCAGGUUCAUUUGGGGCUUCUCCCACCGUUAUUCGUGAUAAGGCCAACAAACUUCGCAAUGAAUGUGAAGGCAAUCCAUGUCCUUUCAUCGUAUACCAAUUUCCUCGAUUGUUGGAUGAGUCCCGGAGCGCCAUGAGCGAGUUUCUUGGUGUACCCAAAUCCACCAUAGUCUUCGUGCCAAAUGCGACCACUGGUGUGAACACAGUUCUUCGGAAUUUGGUCUGGAACAUCGACGGCAAAGACGAGAUUCUUCAUUUCGAUGUUAUAUACGGUGCAUGCGGGAAAACCGCCCGUUAUGUUUGUGAGGCCAACAGACACAUCGUUCGCACCCGAGAGAUCGACCUCAAAUACCCGGUUGACAAGUCUGUAAUCGUCAAUGCUUUUCACAAGGUGAUUCAGGCCUCCCGUGAGGAGGGAUUCCGCCCGCGCAUUGCAAUAUUCGACACAAUCACAUCCAAUCCUGCAAUUCGGUUUCCCUUCGAAGAAAUCACUGCUGUGUGUCAUGCGGAGGGUGUUCUUAGCUUGAUAGAUGCUGCUCAUGGAAUUGGUCAAGUUGAACUAAAUCUUCAGUCGCUGAACCCGGACUUCUUGGUCAGUAAUUGCCAUAAGUGGCUGUUUGCUCCUCGUGGAUGUGCGGUUUUCUAUGUCCCCGAGCGCAAUCAAGCCAUGAUGCGCAGUACCUUGCCAACCAGCCAUGGCUUCAUUGCUCAGCCAUCUGACCAAAUGUCUCUGGUGAACUCCCCAAACUCAGUGGAUGCAAAGACAGCAUUUGUUUCCAACUUCGACUUCACCGGAACCACUGAUAACUUUUCCUUCCUGACAAUUGCCGAUGUGAUUGGGUGGAGAAGGAAUGUGUGCGGUGGUGAGCGAGCUAUCCAUGAAUACUGUAAUCAGCUUUGCCGUAAAGGAGGUCGGCGCGUUGCAGAAAUCCUGGGGACUAAGACAUUGGGGGACCUUGACCAGACACCGGCAUGUUUCAUGGUGAAUAUCCUUCUGCCCCUGGAUCGAGCUACCGAAGGCUUUGAAAGUCGAGUCAAAGGCAACGACGGUUCCACAAUCACCGUUGGUAACUGGAUGCAACAGAGUAUGAUCAAUCAUCACCAAACAUGCAUGCCCGUGUUUUCAUUCCAAGGGGGGUGGUGGGUUCGAUUAAGCGCACAGAUCUAUCUCGAGGAGAGCGACUUUGAAUGGGCGGGAUGGACUCUGAAGAAACUCUGCAAAGAGUUGCAUGAGAUGAAAGACUGA